AGAAACCGCAAAACUGCAAUUAAAGAGUUGCAGUCGAGACAAGACAAGUUCCAUGAGAUGAGACAAGUUCAAGAGAUGGCUGUAGAAUUCGUCAAUGCCCUUAAUGCAGCUGCAGCUGCUGAGAGUGAAUGUGCUAAACUGAGGAGGCUGCUGGAAGAAGAGAGAAAGCUUGUGCAAAGGCUUAAACAAGAAAAAGAAAAUGAAGCACAAAUGGCCAAGAGAAAAAUUGAAAGAAUGAGCCAACGACUAGCCGAGGCUCAAAAAGAUGUAGAGUACGCUACAACUAGAGCUGAUGUUGCUGAGAGUGAAUGGAUUAAGGCAAAGAAAGAGUUGCAGGAGGAGAAAGAGCUUUGUCAAUCGCUAAAGCUGGAAUGUGAUGAGAUAAGACGAAAUGCCAUGAGGCAAGUUGAAGAGAAGGAACGAGAGCUAGCCAAUGCCCUUCAUGCUUCUACUGAAAUUGCUGGGCGUGAAUGUGCUAAACUGAAGAGAAUGCUGGAAGUAGAGCAAAAACUUGUACAAAGGCUUAGACUCGAGAAAGAUGAUGAGGCGCAGCUAGCCAAGAGGCAAAUUGAAGAGAUUGAUCAAGAAUUAGCCCAAACUCGAAAAGAUGCCGAGUUAGCUCGGAAAGAUGCUGAUGCCGCUGAGAAUGAAUGGACUAAGGUGAAGAGAGAUUUGAACAAUAUGGAAGAGCAUGUCAAACGGCUGGAGUUGCAAUGUCAAGAGAUGGCAGAAAGGGCCAGUAGGCAAGAUGGAGACAAGGCGCUGGAGUUAGCCAAUGCCGUUAAUGCUACUGCGAUCGCCGAGGGUGAAUGUGCUAAACUUAAAAGAAUGCUGACGGAAGAACGAAAAACUGUCCAAAGGCUUAUACGUGAGAAAGAUGAUGAGGCAGAACUGGCCAAUAGACAAUUUGAAAGGAUGGGUCAAGAAUUAACCGAUGCUCGAAAUGAUGCCGACAUUGCAGGGAAUGAAUGGGCCAAGGUGAAGAGAGAGUUGAGGGAAAAGGACGAAAUUAUCAAACUGCUGAAGUUGGAUAUCCAGGAGACAAGACAAAUUGCCAUGAGACAAGUUGAAGAGACAACUGAAGAAUUCGAGGAUGCUCGAAAAGAAGCUGAGCAUGCUCGAAAUGAUGCUGACAUUGCUCAGGACGAAUGGAUGAAGGCGAAGAAAGAUUUGCAAGAAAAGCUUGACCUGGUGCAGUUGCUAAAGCUGCAAUGUCAGGAGAUAAGAGAAAGUGCCAAGAGACAGGUUGAAGAAAAAGAACUACAGUUAGCUGAUGCCCUUAAUGCUGCCACAGCUGCAUCAUCGAGUUCUGCCGCUGCCCAGGAUUGUGUAAUUUGUCUGACCAAUGUAAAGGACAUGGCCUUUGGAUGUGGACACAUGACCUGUGAAGAAUGUGGGGUGGAGCUUUCCACAUGUCCUAUAUGUCGGGAGGACAUAACCCACCGCAUCAAACUGUUUCCUGGAUGA